CAGCGGCAGGUUGUCUCUCCGCCGAAGGAGCGGCUCAGCUCAGCUCACGUGUGUUCAGUGUGUUUGUGGAUCCUCCAGGUGAUCAGACAGAGAGCUGGCAUCGACCUGUCCUGAUUUUAGAGCUGAAGAGGAUUUACUGAGAGUCCAGAGACCAUCAUCAAACCCAGACUCUGCUCGCUGCAGCCCAAGUGUGAUGUGACCAGUUUGUCUUCAGUCCAUCUUUCCACAUCACUGAGGAUCAAUCAGAGAUGGCAGCCAUCUCUGCUCCAGCCCUGCAGACAGCAGGAGGAGGAAAGUUUCUGCACAUCCUGUUGGCGUGCCUCGCCUCACUGCUGUGUCUGCAGCCUGCACACUCCGGCACCGGUCCAGAUGUCAAAACCUGGAGCCAAACGGGCCCUCGGCUGCAGCUCUCACACUCAGAUCUGAGGAAUGGUUCGAUGGUGUACUGGGAGGGCGGAGUCAGCGGUGGAUACCAGGUGUUGUUAUUGGACGAGGAUCAAGGAUGGCUGUUGGUUGGAGGGAAAGACCACAUCUACCUGCUGAGACCUGACAGUCUGGAUCAAUCCACGCAGACGAUUUAUUGGCCCGCUGCUAAAGAUCAUGUGAAGCACUGCUUGAUGGCAGGGAAAAGCCUGGAGACAGAGUGUGCAAACUUUGUGCGGCUGCUGCAGCCUUACAAUAAGACCUCCGUUUAUGCCUGUGGGACCGGAGCCUUCCAUCCACAGUGUGCAUACCUGCAGCUAGAGCUCAACACAGAGAGGCCACGGUUCAUGAUGUCUAACACUGAGGAGUCAGGCAGAGGAAAAUGUCCCUUCAGCCCAGGGGAGCCGUUCACUGCCAGACUGACUGAUGGUGAACUGUAUUCAGGUACUUCAGUCGAUUUCAUGGGAGCCAAUGCAGCGAUCUUUCGGACCUCUGUGCAGGGCAGCAGUAGACACAUCCGGACUGAAGCCUAUGAUCAGAACUGGCUAAAUGAGCCGGAGUUUGUGAGCUCCUUCUCCAUCCCGGACACCCACAGUCCUGAUGAUGAUAAGGUCUACUUCUUCUUCAAGGAGAGGGCGGUGGAGGCAGAGCAGUGGGACAAGAGGGUGUACAGCCGUGUGGCUCGAGUCUGCAAGAAUGAUGUUGGAGGCAAAAGGAGCCUGAUCAACCGCUGGACGACCUUCCUCAAAGCCAGGCUGGUCUGCUCUGUCCCCGGUCCGUCUGGAGUGGACACGCAGUUUGAUGAGCUGGAGGACAUCUUCGUUCUGGAGACCAAAGAUCCUCAAAAUCCGACUAUUUAUGGAGUCUUCAGUACAUCCAGCUCCAUCUUCCGUGGUUCAGCAGUCUGCGUGUACUCCAUGGCGUCUAUUCGAGCUGCUUUCAAUGGACCGUUUGCUCAUAAAGAGGGUCCAGACUAUCGCUGGGUGGAGUACAAAGGUCGGAUCCCCUAUCCCAGACCUGGAACUUGUCCCAGUGAAACCUACGACGCUCUGCAUAAGUCCACCAAAGACUUCCCAGACGAGGUGGUGAGCUUCAUGAGACAGCACCAGCUGAUGUGGGAGCCUGUCAUGCCUCUGAGUGGCAGGCCCAUCCUGACCCAUGUCAACUCAACCUACAUGUUAAAGAAGGUGGUGGUGGACCGGGUGGACGCCGAGGAUGGACCUUAUGACGUGUUACAUCUGGGCACAGAUGAUGGGAAGGUGGUGAAGGCCGUGUCAGUCAUCAAAGAUAACGGGGAAAUAGAGGAGAUCAUCCUGGAGGAGAUGACCGUAUUUCAGAGUCCCACUCCAGUCCUGAGCAUGGAGCUGUCGACUAAACGACAACAGCUGUAUGUCUCCAGUGAGCUCGGUGUGGCCCAGCUGGGGAUGCAGAGGUGUGAGUUAUAUGGGACGGACUGCGCCGAGUGCUGUCUGGCCAGAGACCCCUACUGCUCCUGGGACGGACAGACAUGCUCCCGAUACUUCCCCAACAGCAGGAGGAGGUCGCGGAGACAGGAUGUAAAGUACGGAGACCCCUGGAGUCAGUGCCCAAUCACAGAGGAUGAUUCAGACUCUGUGGAGGUGAAGUCAGUAUACGGCGUGGAGGGAAAUUCUACCUUCCUGGAGUGCAUUCCUCGGUCAUCACAGGCUGAGCUGAGGUGGACGGUGCAGCAUGCAGAGAAUCAGCAGCAAACUCUCAGUCACACUAAAGAGCUCCCUCAGAAUGAUGACCACCGAUCCAUCCACAUGAAGCGUGGACUGCUGGUUCAGCGCCUGGAACUCUCUGACUCAGGUCUCUACACCUGCGCCAGCCAUGAGCACUCCUACAGCCAGGUUCUGGCCCGAUACCGUGUCCACGUCAUCCCCAACAACAACCUCCACCAAACCCGUGUCCACCACAACCACAGCCCAAACCAUCACAUGGCAAUCGGACAUAUUGGCCCAGCUGGAGCCGGGGUUGCUGGAUUCCUGGGCAGGCCGGGUCCAUCUUAUCCAUCAUCUGCCCUUCUGCCUGGACACAGGAACUCGUGGCUGCCCCAGCAUCCUCAGCAGCUUCCUCUGAGGAGCUACAAAGACCUUCAGAUGGUCGGGACCAACAGUCUGAGUGUGGACGAGUACUGUGAGCAGCUGUGGUACCGAGAGAAACGCCGGCAGCAGAAACUGCGCACCCUGAAGCUGAAACAGGAGAGCAGGAAAGCCAGGGUGAGGAGGAACAACCCUCCUGAGGUUCCUCUUUAGUCUCCUGGAGAUUUAAAAAAGACAAUGGACAACAGAUCCUGUACAUGCAGAGGAUGAGGAGAGGUUUCACCAAGACUGUUUGCUUUUUCUGCAAAUAAUGCUAGCUUGUAAAAUGAAACCAACCAUAUGGGAUGAUUAUAGAUGGAGUUGGUUUUUAUAUAUGCUGAUAAUUCUGACAUUUCAACAAAGCUAAACUUGAGAAAAGUUAAUACCAGUCAUCAUUAUAGUUUAGGACAUAAUGUGUUCCAAGAUUGACUAAAAAUGUUUUGUCACCAAAACCUGGCUUGAAUGUUGACAUCAGGACCUGAUUGUUCCAAAAGUUUAAUCAGGAUAAGAAUGAUGGUUGGAUUUCAAAACACUUGUGUUUUCUUCCAAAGAACGUGAUUCAGGCUCAAAUUUACUAUUUUUAUCCAUAUUCUGCAAAAGGUAUUGGAUGGUCUUACAGAUAACUAAACCUUGUUUGCCAGUACUUCUGAGGGUAUUCCAUACAACUGAUUUUUUCCAAAGGGGCCGUUAAAAUGCACACAAUGCGAAUAAAAUCCUUUCUUACUUUGAAACCCUAACCCGAUAUGCUGCACAGACUGUUAUAUUCAUUACAUUGGAUAUGAUUUACAUUAAUCUGGGAAACCUCCCAUGCCAAGUGUUUAGGAGUGUUCUGUCUUGUCAAAAUAAUUACUAGCCAGAGUGAUAAGAUAAAAUGAGGUUGUAGGCAUGUGCAGCUCUGGUAGUAACAUAAGCUUGUUUGUAGAUAAAGCUCAUGCCCAGGCCAGUAAGGGGACGUGCAAAAACAUCUUCCCGCCAAGAAAAGCUUUCAGUGUGGCGCUUCGCUCUUCAUUCAAUAAAGAAAUUCUGUCCAGAUCUGAUAAAAAAGUGCCACUAAGGCUACAUCCGAGCUAAUCGUUCCACUGGCAACCAUGGUAUACACCAGCUUACAGUACAACCAAAGCUGUGACUCUAGCAAACUUAAGCUGAAGCAGUUCAGAAGGCAAGUGGAAAUAUCUUUUCUGUCAUGAUAAGCCGUCUCUGCCUUACAUUUAAUUAAAAAAAAUGUGGUCCAGGUCGGAUAAACUGUAAGCUGCAGCUACGUACAUCUGAGCUUGUCAUUACACAGAUGGCAGCCAUUGCUACCGGUGCAACUAAACCCUGUUCUGGCCUUAUUCUCCUAAAAUGACAGCAAUUUGUCCAAUGCAUUCUCAGACCUGGCACAAUCGUUUCAGAUUGGAGCUUUGCUACAUGGAUUUUCCCGUUAACAGACAUGGAAUCUGGCUGAUUUAUCUGCUUUGCAAGUUUAUUGAUAUCCUAAUGUGUACCUCAUCUGCUUUUGCAACAGCAAAAGUCUCAACCUUCAUUGUAAAACUGCUGCUUAGUGGUUUGUUAGUUUUGUAGUUUUCUUAAAUUUUGCCCCUGUAACCUGUAUUUGAUUGCCUGUCUAAUCCCAGUAUGCAAUCCUUUUUUCUUUUGGUGAAACUAGAUCAGAUAUGCAAUCUUAAUAACAUCAAAUCUGUUGGAUUAUUUUUGAACAACCAGGUCCUAGUGUUUGAAUUUUAAAAUUUUCAAAAUUAGAAGCUGAUAUUGUGCUUUUCAUCAUUGUAUAUGCCAUCUUGGGACUCUUUAGGGGUUAAAUAGGUCAGCCCUAUUUUAUGGACGGUUACGUUUGCUAAGUUUUCCAGUAAAAAGAGAUAUUGUUGUAUGAUCAACAGAACACUCAGUAAAUGCAUCUCUACUGGUCUCACAGUUCAGUUUGAUCCUAGUCAUCCCAUAAAUAAUUCAAUUUGCUGCAUUACAGUGGGUUGCAUCUUCAGUUUACCAUAUUAUUGCAUACGGCUAUUUAUUCAUCGAUAAGUGGAUGAUAUGAACUCUCUUUUUUUAUUACUUGGAAAAAAUUUCAGAAAUCAAUAUCAACACAAAUGUCAUUUCAUUCAAACCAAAAUAAAUGAGCUGUAUAGGUCCAGCCAUGGCAGAGGAGACUAAAAUAGUCAUGCUUUUUAGUAAUGCAUGUAACAAAGAGCCAGCCCAAGAAAAAGCUAGAAUUAGUUGUUUCCCUCUUCCGUCUUAACAUUAACAUUCCAUACUUGACAUAACAUUUACCUACAAAUAUUACUUAAUAUCAACCAAUUUGCAAGGCCUGAAAAGUGUAAACUAACUUCUUUUUUGCAGUGUUGUGAAAGAGAUGAGACAAUUCAAGUGUGGUGUCAUUAAUUUAGGAGUGUCCACACAAGAAUCCCUUUUCUGUCAAAGCCUUUAAGAUUCAUUUAAGGCUGCUAGCUCUGCAGAAAGACAUAUUGGACAUGUGACAUUAAAUUUUAUCAAAACUGCUAAAAAUUGACUUCCAUAAUGGUGAAAGUGUAUCAGGACCUCAAGUUGUUUGCCCAGUAAACUGCUCCACAUUUACAUAACUGUUAGAUAAUAACAUGUAUUUAUGUUGUUGCUGAAAUGUUAUUCUCAUUUACAACCAUAAGCAUCACACCUACCAGAGUGAACUGUUGCCUCAGUGGAAAACGCACACAUGCCAUGGACCCUGCUUGAGAGAACAUGUUAUGUAUAGCUUUAUUCAUUCUGCCAUGUAACUAAUAAUUAUUAUUAUUACACCAAUGUAUAUUAAAGAACUCUAUUUUUGAUAGUUUUCUUUCUUGAUAUUCUAGAAAUUAGUAUUUUCUGAAUGUUUAUUAUAAAGUGUUUUUAUAAGCAAAUGACUUUUUUUUACCUUUAACUCUAAUAUGUUUUUUUUUAGAUCAAUGCAGUUUGUGUCAUUCUGUUUGUGAAAAGCCACUAAGUGACAUAAAAUAAAAAUAUUAAACCAU